ACAACGUAGAUACAGAUGGGCGACAAUCACAGGGAUAUUUUAUUGCUAGGAAGUUGUGCUGCUGCCGUCAUUGUCGGAGCGUAUGUGUUCUGGGGUCCUUCUGUUUAUUCAGGAAAGAAGAGAUCAAAAAAAGAUGUUCCCGGAUUGCUGAAUCUUGGCAACACGUGCUUCGUCAAUGCUGUGCUGCAGGCUUUGGCGGCGUGCCCGGGGCUGGUGCACUGGCUAGGUGACCGUGUGGACGAGAGAAUCGGCGAAGACCAUCACGGUCUCUUCGCCCACAGCCUCGUCAAACUUCUGAGGGAGCUGAACAAUGAGGGAGCGGAUCCCGAGCGCGCUUACUACCAGCCGGCGGCCAUCUUGGCGGCGCUGCGCGGCCGGGGAUGGGUGAUAGCACACGGCGAACAGGACGCUCACGAGCUGCUCCACGUGCUCACAGCGACGCUCGACGAGGACCUCACCCCCACACCCGCGGUGGUACCGCUCUUCGAUGUCCACUCGCUGCAGGUCGGGACUUUCAAUGCUUGCGGUGUGGACGUCAUCACGCGUGCGCGUACGUCACUGCCGAGGCUGUCCACGCAGAGAGCGAGUCUGCCGUUCAGGGGACUGCUAGCGAGCCAGAUGAUCUGCAAACAGUGUUCUCACAAGUUACCAGUCAGAUAUGAGUCGUUUGACAGCCUCUCUCUCAACAUUCCAAACCAGCUAUGGGUAAGGGAUCAUUGCGUUGACUCCACAAAAGCUGCAAGUAGCUCUAAACCGCUUAAACUUAAAACAGUUACCGACUUAACGUGUCUCUCGUCGCAAGUCGGCAGCGUUCUCGGCCAGGGGGCGCUGCCGCUGUCGGCGGGGCUUCCCCUCAUGGCCGGUCUUCCCCUGAAGGUGGCGCCGCCGUCCGCGGCCGGGAGCGUGUUCCGCCUGCAGGCGGUUGUGCAGCAUCUGGGCGACGUCUUCUCCGGACACUUCAUCACGUAUCGCAGGUGA